CAUGAAUCCAUAAAGCUGCGCCAAAAUGCUCUCGACUUAUUUAAUCGCACUACUGCUCAUCAGUAUGGUCUGCUUAACCGAGUGCUUUCGCCUGCGACAUCACCACAACAACAAGAUUUAUAGCAAGCGCGAGCUUGACUUGCAGCCGCGGCUGGCGGGUGGCUGCUCGUUCGAUACGAAAACCUCAAUGCAAGGAAACGUCUGUGAAAAAAUUGGCCAAGAUUCAAAAUGUAGCCAAGAGCCAAAAGGUGAUCCUAAGGCCAAGGCAGCAAGUAUUGCAGUAAAGGCAGCGCAGGAAGCUAAAGCCGCUAGUGAUGCACAAAAUGCUGCCGCAGAGGCAGCCGCCUCGCAGGUAAAGACGGAGCUGGCCGAUAAGGCGAUGCAAUCGGCGCGUGCCGCUGAAGCAGCGCUGGCGGGCAAGCAACAAAUCGUGGAGCAACUGUGUCACGAGCAACACGAGGCAGAGUCUGUGGUACAGGAGGUCUCCUCAUCUCUACAGAACACGCAGACGAAUGCAGAGCUGGCCCAGACAGCUGCAGGCGAAGCUAAGGUGCAGGUUGGUUUCCUAGUGCGACUUAUCGAGGCUGCCAAGCAGAAUUUGGGCAAUAUUGAAAACGUCGCUGUUGGUGCCCAACAAGAGCUCACCGAAAAGGGCCAGCUGCUGGAGGCAGCCAAGAAUCGUGUGGAGACCAUCAACCAGCAGCUUAUAAGUGCCAAGCAGGACUUCGAGAGGACCAAACAGGCGGCCUACAAAGCAGCCUGUGCGGCAGUGGAAGCCAAACAGAAGGCACAGAAGAAUAGACGCAGCGCCUGCUACCCAAGCGCCGAGUUAGGCAGCCUGGAAUAUAUGUAAUAUUGUUAUUUAUAUUUUCUGUUUGCUUAAAUAUAUUUAUACGAGAACAAAGGCCAUACC